CAGAUUGAGUGACGAGCCCGCUACCCCAUCGCCACCAUGAUCGCCACCGGUGGCCUGCUGCGCAUGAACAGGCGGCAGGACUCGCUCCGGUCCAAAAACCGAGCGGAGAACAAGCGGAAGCGGAAAUCCAAGAAGAAGAAGAAGAACGACGUGGUGGUGGUGAAGGGGAAGCUGAAUCUGUGCUCUCCGGCCGGGCUGGUGGCCGCCGUGGGAGUCAUCGUUCUCAUGGUUGGGAUUUCUAUGGCCGUGCUGGGCUACUGGCCGAGCCAGAACCAGCUGGACUACCAGGAGCGCCGCAGAACCGGAGCGUACCACUCCAACCGGCCCAGCUACUCCAGGAGUCCCGCCGUUUCCUCCAACGUGACCCAGGACAGGCCUCCUCCGGGACAGACCCUGUUCAACCAGAGCCAUUCCAACGGCAGCGUCCACGACCCCUCGCCCAACUGCGGCCUCCUCUGUGACUUCCUGGACAAUUACCUGUACUCAGACAAUCUGAAGGUCUUCGGCCCGCUGGUGAUGGGGAUCGGCAUCUUUCUCUUCAUCUGCGCCAACGCCGUCCUCCACGAAAACCGAGACAAGAAGACGAAAAUCAUCAACCUCAGAGACAUUUACUCGACGGUGAUCGAUCUGCACAGCGUCCGGUCGAAGGAGUACUCUCCUCUCAACGGUCUGGUGAACUACACUCAGUCCCGGAGCGCCGAGGGCCCGUCGGGCUCCUUUCCCGCCAGCGGGAUGCUGACUCGCGGCUCCUGGCCGUCCACCGGACUCGGCCCCCAGCGCGAGUCGGAGGGCGACGAGGCCCAGAGGCGCUCGUCGCUGGCCGGCCGGCCCCGCAGCUGGUCCAGAGACGUCCAGACCUUCACAGACACUGUCUACAGCAUCUACAAAGACUACAGCAAUAGCAGCGAGCAGGCGCCGCUGCCCCGCCAGUGGGAGACCACCUCCAUCGUCACCUCCUCCGUCAAUGCCUUCACCCUCCCCGUCAUCAAACUCAACAACUGUGAGGUGGGCGAGCCGGAGCGGGCGGAGGCGGCGGGGCGCUCCGCCGAAGAGGUGGUCAUUGAGGCCGCGGCCGAAAACGUCGGCGAGGAGGGACGCGUGGACGAGACGGACGGAAAGCAGAAGGAAGCUGCGACGACGGAGUCGCCGCUGCCUCAUCAGAGCCACGAGGACGUCUCCACGGACGGCGGGGACCAGCCGGGGACGGCGCCGGCUCAGGCGGCGCUCCAGUGGACGCAGCUGUUUCCCCCGUCGCCCGUUGCCAGGGCGAUGGGGUCACGGCUGUCGCUCAACUCGCUGACGGAUCAGCCCAGGUCCGCGCGGCGCUGCAGCCUGUCUGUGUCUGCGUGUCGCCAAGGCGACAGAGCCAGGCGCUUCAGCUGCCCCCGUCUGGAGCGCUCCAACAGCAAGGGCUACAUCAAACUGACGGAUCUCGGGGGCGAGUCCUUCGAAGCGCCCGACACGGACACGUCUGUGGUGGCCACCGAUCAGGACGUAGCGACAGAGGCGGCGGCGGCGGCUCAGGGAGAGGAUGAUCUGGUGACACCCAGCACCUUGGCAGAAUCCUAG